AUGAAAGAAAUCUUACCCUUUAAGCUCCUAGGAAUUUUAGACGUUGAAAACAUUCCCUGUGCACGGGAUUCAGUACUGUAUGGUUCAUUAGGAUCUGUUGUGGCUGGACUCGGACACUUUUUGUUAACUAAAUUAGAAGAUCAUGUGAUGUUGGUGUAGGAGGAUUUAUCAUGGUGACUUUAGGAUGCUGGUUUCAUUGCAGGUAUAAUUAUGCAAAGGAAAGAAUACAGGAAAGAAUUGCCAGAAAAGGAAUGAAAAAUAAGAUUCUCUAUGAAAGCA